AUGAGAGUUGGAGCAUAUUAUAGUGGUAAUGGACAAGUGAUACAAGCAGGAGGUAAAGUGUUUGGAGCAGCGUUGGCAGAUUUGAUGGCUGUACAAAAGAAAACGAUUCCUCAACUAAAGGUACCAUUGUUCUUGCACAAUGGAUUCAGAUAUAUAAUUCAACACGGUUUGGAGAUUGAAGGUAUCUUUCGUAUUGCAGGUACCAAGGAACGUGUCAAACAGCUACAGAUGCAGUUGGACAAGGGCGAUCAAAUCGAUUUCAUCUCUGCCAAGGUCGACCCCGUCGAUUUUGCAGAUCUCAUAAAGAUCUAUUUCAGAGAGCUACCAGACUGUCUGAUGCAGUCCGAGUACUACGACGCAUUCAUUGCAACACUCACACAAGACCGCAUUGGUCAGGUCCAGAAGCUACGUGAACUCGUCUCUGGUCUCAAACAAGAAAACCAAGACCUCCUCAAAGAAUUGGCUUGGUUCCUUGGUAAGAUUGCUAUCAACCAUGGUUUAAAUAAAAUGACUGCUGAAAAUCUUGGUCUAGUUUUUGGACCAAACUUAUUAUGGAAAGGAGGUAAAGCAACAAGUACAACAGAUAUGAUGGAAUUGAUGGCAGGAGCAGGAAAGAUUAAACUAUUGCUGUGCGGGUAUAAAAAGACGGUGCAGGGUAUUGCCAUUGUCGAGGGUACUGCCGAGACGGCCGCGUCGAUUUGGACGGCCGACUCGGGUGGCCAACUCAGAAUAUUCAACAGCGAGACGUACGAGAAGGAGCGCGAUAUCGACUCUGGCCUCGGCCGUGUCUUUACCAUGGUUUCGGUGCGUGACCAUGCAUGGAUUGCUUCUUCGUCGGGUGUCUCUGUCUGGGAUCGUAGCGGAAGCGUCGUCAAGGAAUUCCCAGGCUUCCACGUUUCACUGGCACCAGUUUAUUCACACGGCGAACUACGUGUAUGGGCCGGCACCGAGCAAAAGAUCACUGUCUUUUCGGCCAGCGGUCCUGUCCUCGAGGUGGCUCAGACCAUCGAGCUGCCCGGCCAGUUUAUCGUCUCGAUUGCCGAGAUUUACGGCCCUGCCAACCAGGUGUGGGCCGGUGCCACCAACGGCAUCAUUUUUGUGUUUGACAAGACCACCGGCGCACAGAUCCGUGAGCUUCGCACACCCGCGCGUCGUAACAUCACCUGUCUCACCUACCACAAUGGACGUGUGUGGGCUGGCUCGGAAGACAAGAUGAUAUUUGUCAUUGACCCCACCGAUUUUGCCAUCAUUCACACCAUCCAAGACAAUGAAAUGCUCAUGUUAAACACCUUUAAACCAAUCGCCUCUUCCAUCUGGACGUGCUCCCGUGACUCGGCCAUACGUAUUUUUGACAACAACGCCUUUGCCAAGAUUGGUCAGUUGGACGAUUUCCACACAGACGCUAUCGUCGACGCCGUCUUUCAUUGGAACAAUCGAAAAUUACGUUGGGAAUUUUGGAGUGCCAGUUUUGAUAAAUCAGUUUGCAUAUGGGGUGUUCAAUCAGAUAGUUUACCUGCUCCUCCUCCUCCUCCAUGUUUUACCUAA